UCUUUUAGUAUCUGUAUGACGACGAUAUCGACACUAGCGGCUAUAGGUAUGAUGCCACUGUGUUUAUGGAUUUACAGUAGAAGUUGGACGGAUGAAUCCACCGUCAUCCCCUAUAUCAGUAUCAUCACCUCCCUGGCUCUCAUCCUAGUUCCUGUUGUUAUUGGAAUGCUUAUCCGCCAUUAUAAAGAACGGUGGACAAAAAUCAUUACCCUGGUUGGUAGCGUAAUGGGUAUGCUUACUAUUGCAGUCAACAUUAUCCUCAAUGGUUUAAUCAACCCUAAAAUGUUCCUGGCACCCUGGAAUGUUUGGUUCUCAGCAGUAAUAAUGCCAGUGAUUGCGUUUCUCCUCGGUUACAUCGCCGCGUACCUGUUACGUCAGUCACGCAAAAAAUGCCGCACCAUUGCCUUGGAAACAGGUUGCCAGAAUGUUGCCUUGGCGUUAACCAUCAUUUCUAUCUCUUACGCUGACAGUGAUGAUUUUUUCGAAAUCUUGAUUUUUCCGUCCUUGUUUGGCCCAUUUGGUCUUAUUGAUUCAACUCUAUGUGUACUGGUUUUCAGAAUUAUUGAGAAGAGGAUGCAACCUGAGGGUGAUGAUGGCGUGGAAGCUGUUACCAAUCAACCAGCAAACGAUACUUCUUACAACAAGGACGUUAGCUUUAAAGCGCUAAGUCAAGAACCUUGUUAAGAAAAACGCUCCGCGACUAAAAUACAUAGUGUUUUAUUCAUAAGUAGGCCUACAAAGUAGGUUUAUUAAGGUAUUAUGCACUAUCAUUUUGAAUUCGUAUAUUGUAGUUUCUUUUUACUAAAUGAAAUAUUUAAAUGCGCAUAGGCCGGCUACUCACUAUAAAUUCGAACCAACAACAUCGUUGCAGUUUUAUACUUAUAUUUAUACUUUACUAUUUUUAAUUUUGAAAACAAAAUAUAGCUUUUAUCUUUCAUUUUACCUUGUGAUUUUAAUUUUUUUCGAUGUAUUUUAUCAAAAUCGUAUGAAUGCAUGUGUUUUAGAUUCAGAUUUUUAUUCAUAUUUGUAAGUUUAUUUUCAAUUUUAAUAAUAUGCAACUUUUUGAUUUUUAUACUGUAAUUUUGUAUCACAAAACAAGACCAUAUGUAAACAGGUUAUACUUCCUGAUAUACGGAAGCCCGUUAGUACCACCAGUGAAUUAAAACAGAUCCGUUGUGGCGGCCACCAGAUAAUUAUGUGGCGGCCGCCACUUAACGGGUCUUAAAUUUUAAUUCACUGGUGGCACUAACGGGCUUCCGUACUGAUAUGUUACCCUGUAUACAUCUGUUCAAUAAAUAAAUAAAUAGGGCCUACUGUAGGGCCAGGCAUAGGCCUACUCUCUAUUCAACGAACAAAAUAAACAUAAAAAGGGU